AUGAACUUCUUUCGAAAGCACUUCACCAGUGAACAGAAGGAAUCAUCGACUCCCCGUGUCUCGAAUCUCGAUACGAAUCAGAGAGAUCUCAUAUGGAAAAGAGUCAACGACACGUCGAAUAAGGGAACAAUUGAAAGGACAAAGUUUUUGGAACUCUAUCAACAGUUGGCCCCAAUCACCGAGCGUUUAUAUGUGCAUUUGAAUGGAAAACACGGAAAAGUUACACCACAAUCCGUACUGUCGCUAGCCGACCAAUUGCAUGGCGAUUGUGAGGAGAUCGUCACCACUCUACUAGAGAUUUAUUCCGAUUUAAAAACGGUACUGUCAUCACUUGUCGAUUGUCUUGCCACCCGAAAAAAUCUCUCGUUAAGUGAAAAAGAGAAAGUUCAGCGAUAUUUGGUGGAUGAUGCUCCAUCGGACUCAUCUCGUUUUGGUCGUUGGCUGCACGCGAAUCCGUUGAUGUUGCCGUUAAUUCGCUUUAUCUUUGCCCCACUCUACUUUGAGUCGACUGAUCGAUAUGAUUUGUAUCCAAAAUUGAGCACAACAUCGGAUAUCCUUCAAAUGAGCGCCCUCAUUGCAAUCAAUGCCAAUUUGCCGAUGGAGCGACGAAAAGAUUGGACGCUUCUCUUUUCAACGAAUCGACAAGGUGCAUCGUUUUCGCAAUUGAGUCAGAAAAUUGAUGCACAAGGUCCUUGUCUAUUGGUGGUCGAAUCGAGAGAGGGACACGUUUUUGGGUGUUUCGCUUCGGAUGGUUUUUUUACGGGUCCUCUAUUUCACGGUGAUGCCACCUCAUUUCUCUUUGCGGCAAGCCCAGAAAUAAAGAUUUCAAAUGCCACAGGACAUGUGAAAAAUUACGCCUACAUGAACUAUCAACAGCAACAAAUGCCGAAUGGAAUUGGACUUGGUGGCUACGAGACGGUUUGGCCUUUCUUCAUUCACGAAGAAUUUGGACGAGGGCAGUGCGCUCGACACGUGGCUUCAUUCGAGAAAAUUGAUUUAUGUGAUGGAUCGAGCGAGUUCUCAAUUAAAUCAAUCGAGGCCUGGCGGUGCGGAGAGAAACCGAGGAAUUUCAACCCCGACGGAGAAGAACCGACGACUCCGCAUGCGCACAAAUCUGUGCUUGACAUUGAUCCACAAGCUAAAGCUAUAUUGGAGAUGAGCGGUCGAAAGAUGCACUCCGAAGCCUACCGUGAUCCGGAGCCGAUGCUCGAU